GUUAGAAGAAACUGAAGAUGACAGGUAUUUCGAGAUUUCAUGAGAUUCGUAUCGAUCACUUUUUCGAGAUAUCGAACGAUAUUACAAAAUAUAGUAAUUACAUUGUAAAUUUACAAAGAUCGUUCGAAAGCAAGUUCGUAAAAAAGUCGACGAUUAUUUCAUAAAUUAAAGGUAUCAAAUUCAAUUGAAAUACUUACUUAAUUGUUGUGACGAUCCGGAAAAUGAUACUUUCUAUGUGCACAUACGAAACUAAUAAAUCGUUACGAAAAAGUUGAUGCGUAAGAAAAUCGUUAUCUUUUAUCAAACUCUUCGACAAAUAUUUCUAAAAUGAAUAAUCUUUUGGAAGAAUUAGAAGCUCUAAAAAUCUCAAGUGAAUUUUCUGAGGAAAACUUAUGGAUAGAAUGUAAUAAUAUUGUCCAAAAGAGUUAUGUUCCUGAAAAAACUAUCGGUGCUAAUCGACCAUGCGAAGAAAAAGACUUCAAAGACUAUAAACAAAUUAUAGACAAAAAUUUGCAAAAUAUCAAAUCUAUGCUUCAGCAUAUCAUUUAUAAUCGUAAUGCUGGACAUUUGCAAAUAAAUUUAAAUGCAACAGUGAUAAAGACUUUUACUACCAAUUUAUUAUUACUUAUUGGAGAACAUCAUGAAAAAAAUGUUUGGAACACUGAAGAAUCUGUCUCUAUUUCUAAAGAAUUAAUCAGCGAAAUCUUAGAAUUAUAUAAAUAUCAAAGCAUCUCAGAAUUUUUAAUGGAACAAGAUAAUUUUACAGUAUUAUUAUUAAUAAUAAGGCCUAAGUUAUUGAAAGAUACUUGGAAACUUUAUCCAGCGUCCGUAGCAUGUUAUAAAUGGAUUUUAUAUCAAAUUGAGAAACCAGGUUUAUAUAAUCAUAUUAGUGAUGUGCUUCCAACAGCUUUAAUAAUUGUUGAUGAUUAUGUGCCAGAAAAUGUUGUAAUAGGUCUUGAAUGUUUACAUCAAAUUAUUCAACAUUCUCAUUUGAAAAAAGGAUUGAUUGAUACUGGAUAUGCUGAAGUAAUUUUUCAUGCUUUGGAAUGCUUAUCGCAUCAAAGAGAAUCCAAAUAUGUAAUUUUGGUAUAUGUAUGUUUAACAAGUUUAUUAGCCACUAUUGAACAUUGGAACAAUACAUUAAAUGUAUUUGAAUGGACAAAGCGAGAUGAUAUUUUAGCUGUUCUAUUAGAUAAUAUGGAAUUUGAACAAAAUAUAGAAUUGAGACAUGUAUAUAUGCUGAGUUUACCUCAACUCUUAACUAAUAUUGGUUGUGCCAAAUGGUGUGAAAGAUUAACAAGAAUACUUUCUGAGUAUUGUGAACAUCAUACAGAUUUAAAAACAUUAAAAGCAACAUUAGAAACUGCAAAAACUUUUCUUUUGAUGUUUCAUCUUCGAGUGGCAGCUCAUUGUGUACCAUUGUACACUGCCUUUUUGAAACUGCAUUUUGAUUUAACAAAAACUCCAGUAUUUGAUAAAGAAAUAAUGCAGAAUUUAGAGGACUGUAUUUGUUUAUUAUAUAAAUUAUCUCCAAAUGUAGGUUGUGCAGUUAUGAAUGAUGAUCGAAUGCGUUCAGUUAUUAAAAAUAGUCUACAAGUAGUAUGUUUAGGUGAUAUUAAGUAUUUUCAGUGAAUAAACUAUAAA